AUCUAUUAUCAAUUUAUUAUUGUUAAAUAAGCAAUUAAUAAUUGUGAGUAAUAGGUAUUAAUUUAAUUUUACGAUUUGUACAUAAUAUUUUCUUAAAAACAAGAAUACCUAUGACCAAGUAUAUGUCUUAAUUCAAUCAAGCGCAGUAAUUUUGAAAGUUACAACUUGUGUGGCAUAGUCACAAAAUAUGAUACUGUUCAACAGUCUAUAUGCACUCGUGGUUCGUCGGUAAUAUUGUGCAUUUUUGACAAUCACACCAAUUAUUUAUUUGAAGCAAUGAUCUACCAAAGCAUUGGCUAAAUUCAUUAUGGUUAGUAUUAAAAGAAUCAUAGUCAUCGCAGAAAUCUAAUUUCGUUGGUUCAAAUUGAUUUGAUAUUGUGAUGAAUAUGGAUGAAAAUAAUAAAACAAAAAUGCCAUUUACCAUAGUGCCUAUCACUAAUAACGAUAAUCAGAAUGUGAUGAAUUCCAUAGAAAAAUAUUUUAUACGAGAUGAACCUUUGAAUGCAAGUGUGGAAUUAUUCAAAGAAAAAGAAUCAAUAAUAAAAUAUAAAGAUUUUUGCAGCAAUUAUUUUAAUAAUGGAUUAUCAUUUAUGGCAGUAUCUGAAAAUGGUGAAGUUAUGGGUGUCAUACUUAAUAACAUAAUGUGCAAAGAUCAUCAAUUAGAUCAGUACGGUGAUGAAAACUUUGUUUCAAAUUCAAGUUUUGAUGACAUCGAGGUUCUUUUGUAUAAAAUUCGACAAGAUGUUGAUCUAUAUGGGCAAUAUCCAAACGUAGAUCGGAUAAUGGAAUUAAAGCUUAUUUCAGUCAAUGAAGAGUACAGAGGACAAGGCGUUUGCAAAGCUCUCAUCAACAAAUCAAAAGAGUUGGCUUUAAUGUUGGGGUAUAAAAUGAUGUACGCCGAAUGCUCCAGUUAUUUUACAGCUAAAGCUAUGGAAAGAUCUGGAUUCCAAUGUAUAUAUUCAUUAUCUUAUUCGGAUUACGUGGACAAAUAUGGGAAAAUAGUAUUCAAUAAGGUACAGCCUCCUCAUGAUUGUAUCAAAGUACAAGUGUUGCAGCUCUAAAAUACUCAAUAUUUAUUUAUUAAUUACACAACGGGAUUAAACAACUAAAAAAAAUUAACAAUAAUGUAUCCAUUAAAUUAUUUUAAUAAUUCGAACUCACAAAACCAUUUUUGUGUUUUCCAUCGCACUCAACAUCCAUACCAAUAGCAACGACGUACACGAAUCCACUCGGUCCAUAAGUCUCUGACAUCCAUGUUUAUAUUCCUUAGUUUAUAAACACAUCACGUCAUAAAUAUAUAUAUGUGUUAUUAUUA